CUCGAAACUUACUUGCCGUGGCUUCAAGCACCUGCCCGUCUUUCGAUUGUGAAUGAAGAACAUGAAGCAUUGAUACUGACUGCUGAAGUGACUUUCGACUACGAGAGUGAAACCUACAACCAAGAUGGAGGCAGCCUUUGUAGGUAUUCUGACUCUCCUUACCGCCCAGCUGUGUGUCCAGUCUGUAGCCGGAACGACACUAGACUACUACCUGUCAGGGGUUGUACAGCUAUAUACAGAUUUUAACACAUCAUCUUAUAACAACAACAAUUAUGCUGCAUAUAAUGUGAGCUACUAUGCUCCCAUCUCAGCAGUAUAUAGUCCUAAUAUAGAUAUGGCAAACUACGUGGCUUAUCCAGAAAAUAUAGCAAAAGCAGCCAUGACAGUCGAUGUGUUGGACAUCUAUGACUCGGCCAAUUCUCCGUACACUGGGGAAGCAAAACUUCACGUGGAAUGUGUGGUUGAGCAAUACGACACCUCUGUUAACCCAGACCAGGUAAAGAUAUCCAUGUGGGUAUACAACACUGAAUACAGCACAGCUUACAACGUGUCAGUCGGGGUGGAUCUCACGGCAGGAUUGGAGGUGGAUUAUGACAUUAACACCUUCAGCAUCAAUGGUUCUAGUAACUUGAUGAGUGCACAGAUCAAUCAAGUGAACAAGAAACAAUUUACAUGGCAACCUCCGGAUAUUCAAGCUUUGGAAGGAAUUUCUAUGCAGUUUUUAGCGUUGCCUUCAGGCAGUGUGGGAAGAGACCUUUCUGAGGGGGCCAAUCUGUUCACCUUAGGUAUCUCUUACUACCUGAACGCCACAGAGAUGGUUGGUCCGAUAAACCUGCAAGUUUGCGUGAGCCGUCAGGAUGUCGUCACCAAUAGUAUCCUUUAUCAACAUGGCCUCACUGCUCUCACCUUCUUUAUGGCGCUCAUUCUUGGUGUCAUCAUCGUCAUCGUCGUGGUUGUACUCUAUCGCUUCCUAUCUAAUCGCAAAGGAGCGAGAACUGUUCAUGCUGGAGAGCAUGAUGUCAUAAUUCACGAAAAGGGAAAUCGCCUUGUGAUGGAUUAUGGGAAGGCUAUAUCAAAGAAAGGACACACUAUAACAGACUACAGUUUGGUGAAUGAGGAUGAGAGUAUUGUUGGUAUUUUGGCCAUGAAGGAUCGCCUUGGACGUCACAGAGAAAUCGACAAUUUGGAUAUCGCUGCUACCAUAGCAAUAGAUGAGGGUUUGGAGGACCAGAGAAACGAAUCAUCAGAGACCGUCACAACCAUGUACGUCCAGGUCAUGAAACAAAAUGGGGAUAUCUCACAGUCAACAGAGGACGCUGUAAUUCAGAAACAUCGGAUGAGGAAGGGUGUCCUCCGUAAAAGUCUUGAUGAUGAGUACCAAGGAGAAAAGCGAAAACUCCUCAAGAAACUCUCCGCUAAAAAUAAGGCCAAAAUGUCAAGACUUCACCAGAAACAGAAAGUGGACAAAAGGAAAUUGAUCAGUGACAUGACUGAUGUAGGAGAUGAGGAGAGGAAGCAGCUGCUGGACCUAAUGGAUAAAGAACAGCAAACAGAGCAGGAGGAACAGACAUAUCGCCUAAAACUGGAACAGGAUGAGGAGAUGGAAAACCUCCGGAAGGAGUUUGUGGCUCGUGAGAGGAUUAAUCAAAAAGAGCUCCACUCAAACAUGCUCAAAGACCUUGAAGUGGACGGCAAACUAAAUGAUGAAAAAGUCCAGUGGCUACUAUCUGAGCACAAGGAGUCACAGAAACGCCUUGAGCAUGUUUACGAUGAUGAGAUCUCCAAACAAAGGAUGCAUCUUGAAGAGAAGCUUGAACGGCGAAGGGGCCUGUCUAAACUUAGUGAACAAACAGAAGAUGAUAUGAGUGACACUCUGAAUUACCUAGCAUCUAAUAUGAACGACUUUAUCACAAAGGCCAAAAGGGAUGGAAUUGUAAAUGGGGAUGAGGCCAAAGAGAUGUUUGAGAAGGCCAAGAAGGAGAUGAUUGCCCUGAAGGAAAAGAUGGAAAAGGACCGCCGCAAGCAAGCGGAGGAUCUUCACAAAAAACUCAGCAACAUGAAAAAACAGCGCAUGACAAAUCUGCAAAAACAGCAGGAAUCUGAGCUACAAGGCUACUUGAAGUCCCAUUCUGUCCAGACAGACGGACCAGUGGAUCCAUUAUCAUUUGUGGAAGGGAAGCUUCAGCUUCAGUCCAAACACCGAGAUGAGGCAUUCAAACUUAGUGAUCAGUUGGACGAGGAAAAUGCCCAAGACCUUGUCGCUCUACGAGAAGAGAUUUCCACUCAGACAGAAGAGGAUCUCAGUAAUCUUCAAACACAGCUCAUCAACAACCUAAAAACCAAGGGGUUUUCUGAGGACACCGCCCGGCUGUUGAUAAAAAAGCACCGUGAUGCAAUGGCCAAGCUGCAGGACUCCCAAGAGGCUAACCGUCAUAAUCAAAUGAUCAACAUACAGGAGAGGCUCAGGAGGAAUCAAGCUGAUCUAGAGAUGAGGAAAGUACAGGAGAAACAAGAACAAGCACUACUUCGGGAACGUGAGGAAAAAUUAGUCAACAACCUGAUCACAGGUCAGAUGGUAAUGUCUGACGAUGAAAGGGACAGGAUCCUACAGGAACACGAGAAACAGAUGGUCAAACUGGAGAACAACCUCACUUUGAACAAGCUUCGACAGAAGAGGAUGUUGGAGGAAAAGCUGAUGGAGAAACGAGACAGACAGAUGCACAAACUACAGGAAAAACAACUGCAGCAAACACAGGCACAGAAGAGAAAACAUGAAAACAACGCUGAGGAAUCUGACGACGAAAGCAGAAAGGAGAAGACCAAUCUACUCAAACUACAGUUUGAACAGAGGAUGGCUAUAUUACACGGACAAAAACUCAAUCUGGAAGAUGAGAUGGAAAAUGUUCGUGUGGAGAUGUUGAAGCAGCGUGCUUUGGCCUUGAAGGACCAAGAGGAGAGACUUGGUGGUAUGGUGGCUGCUAUGCAGGUAUCAAAGGCACAUGAACUUUCCAAGAUUCAGGAACAGCAAAAGGCCAUCAAUGACCUUAAGAUGAACCUGAUGGAUGACCUUAAUGAGAGAGGUGUGCUUGGCAACCAGGAAUGUCACGAUAUCAUCGAACGAUACAGAGAGGAACAAGACAAACUACAACAAACUUUGGCAGAUAGACAGAAACAACAUGAAAAGGUCUUGAAAAAACGUCUCAAGCAACGCUUAGUCCAGAGAGAGAAAGCUUUGGAGGAGACACAGAUGAGGGAACUCCAGGAGAUUGUAGACCAAUCUAAAAAUAAAUUAUCCUCAAGGAUCAAGAAAGCUCUGCUAGUGAACAAACAGAUGAUUGAGAUGGAGCAGAUGAGGAACCGGUUGGAUAGAGAAAUAUCACAAACUCUACAUGAAACACAAAGAUUGUUCGAGAUUGAACGGAUGCAGAAGAUUCAAGAACAGGAAUUACUGGUUAUAUCCCGUUUGAUAAGUAUUGGAGGAUUUGAGAAGGAGGACUUAACCAAUGUUCUAAGGACCUUAUUCCCAUCAAAGACAGAAGAGGACAUCAAUAAAAUUCUGAGCAAAAUCUAUGACCCACAGAAGAUGCAGCCAGCACCAAUGUCUAGGGAUAGAAAAUUCAAUAGCAGUGUUAAAUCCAAUGUCAGUCUGACGGCGAGAGUAAAGGAGUUUUCCCGUCGGGAGUCUCUAGCUGAAAUUCAAUCCCUGUCACAGUCUCCAUCACCACGACAACGUUCCAAGAAAGGAAAGUCCAAACUCAAGUCCAAGCACAUAGAAAGAUUGGAUGAGGAUGAAGAUCAGCCCUUAAAUUACCCUAGCUAUUCCCGUCCGGACCCUAUAGGGGAAGUGAGAGACACACGACAGACAUACGACGAGGAUUUUAUGGAGGCGAGACAGGUCAACUCUGACUUUCUGCAGGCUCAGCCUAUCAGGCCUUCACAGUUACCUCCCCUUGAAACACCACAGGAAGGUGGGGGCAGGAAAAAGAAGAAGAAGAAGUUACUGAAAAAGAUAGGGAAACCUAAGGAGACUUAUUAUGAUGAAGAUGAUGGUGACAUCUUGUGAUAAGCUUUUAAAAAUCCACUUCAUUAACAGAUUUCCAGUAGUAAUAUAUUCUAACUUUUCAUGACAUUAGUGGAAGAAAAUGACGAGAUAUUUGGUGAGCUCAUUCCCCCUCUUAAUCAUUAUCAAAAUCAUCAAACCAGGAUUUGAAAAUUGUUUUAUACAUCGUACCUCAGCCAUAUUAAGCCUUAUACACUAAAAGGAAUGGUAAAACAGCUUUUAUACCACAACAUCUGCAGAAUUCCAGGGGUUGUGUUCAUGUACAGCUUCUCAAAAGUAUGACCCAACAGGUUUUGAAAAUGAUACUGCAAUGGAAUGGAUAUAGUUCAUAUAAGUCAUUAUCUGUAGUGCUAUUAUACUUCUAAGGUGAAACAACUUAAUAACAUUCAAGUGCCUGUUUUAUUUUUUUUGUUUAAUACUUGUACAUACCUCUCUGACAUCUGUGCUCUGGUUCUGGGUUAAAAACUGCAUUUUCAUUGGCUAAUAUACAGUAUGAACUUUGACCUGUGUGAAAAUGCUUACCUUCAGUGCUUUACAGAAUCACCUUAAUUGUCUUGUACAUUAAUUCAAUGCCAGGAAUUAAAAAAGUAAGAGACUUUUUGAAAAUUAUGAAUUUGAUUAUAAUAAUGAGAGCUCAGAUUAAAAGGUUCUUCGUAAUCACUCGGUCAAUUUGUCAUGUAGUAAUUAAUUUUAAAAUACUGAAGCAAAUAUAAGAGUUAAUAAUUUCAAAAUAAAAAAAAAAGCUACAUAUAUACAUGUACAUUGUACAUAAUUUAGUUUUUGGAAAACUUUAAAAAAAAAAUGAUGGACUGUUGUAAUAGCUGAAAUAUCUUAAUUACAGUUUUUUUGUAUACCAUAAUGCAGUGUA